UUUUUUGCACACAACACGAUGCAAAGUGUGAUUUACAGAAAAAUUUUCAGAAAUUUUCAUAAUUAUCAAUUGAAAUAAGUUAAUUCUUUCAAAUAUAAAUGUAUAUAAGCAUUUAGGAUUUGUUUUAUUCUCGUUAAAAAAAGACGGGAAAGUAAAAUUCAAAUAAGAACAGCAACGGAAAUAGAAAUACUCGCAAUGAAAAUAGCAGCGAAAAUUAUGAACUGAAACCAAUCAAAGCCACUACUGCUUAGCGCAUUAACAAAACAAAACAUACAUGUACAGCAGAAGGAACGAGUUAUUUACUCGUAGUUAAUAAAUAUUAUAAGGAAAUCAUAAAUAGAAAAUUUGAAAUGGAAACCACACAGAAGAGACGCCGAUAUCAAAAGGAUUCGGCCCCCACAGAUGAUAUUGUUACCUUAAUACACUUAGUUAGGCAAAAUCCUACUUUGUACAAUUAUAAAUUGCAACCAAAUCAGCGUAGACGUAUUGAUAUACUUAAUGGCUGGGCUCAGAUAGCAGCACAAAUUGGAAAUAAAUAUACUGUCGAAGAGUGCCGUCGUAAGUGGAAAAAUUUACGGGAUACUUACCAUCAGUAUCGUUUGCGUAAAACUAAAAUAGGUGAUGGCUUGUCAAAAUGGCGAUAUGCUAAAGAUAUGGAAUUCUUGUCAAAUGUCUACCAACCCAAGUUGAAGUCACAUCGUACACAAAAUUUUAACAACACUAAUGCCCAGGACGCCCAGGACAAUCUGUUACAGGGCGUAAUCGGGGGUAACGACGAUAACAAACACGUUGUGUCACAGGAUAUGGUCCACUCAAGCAUUAUAUCAGUGAACGAUACAGACACUUUUAUAUUGACUGCCUAUGAAGAUGUAACGCAUGACAACGAUGUUACACAUGAAGACCCAAAUAUGUCCCAUGUGUCCCAUAAUGAAUUGAAUCAUGACACAAACAGCAUGGAAGGUUGCGUCGAAAUUGUCAAACACGAACAACAUAAUUCGUUAGAUGACGAUGGGCCAAACGGUGGAGAAGUAGACUACGAAGAAGUAUGCUUGUAUGAAGAAGCUGGAAAUGCCCCGAGCGUUGAUUGUGAGACUAUUAUAGGUGGAACAGGCGGAGGCAAUUCAGCUAAUUCGGAUGACACUAAAUUUCAAUAUAUCGAUGCCAAUGAUUUUUGUAUAAGUACAAUAAAUCCCACACCUCGUUCUCAAUAUUCAAGUAGUGCCAGCAGUGUUAUCGGAGCAACUGGCACUAUAAAACUUAAAAAUCUACCUAUUGUUAGCUCAUCAACCGCCUCAUUAACUCCCUCUACUUCUUCUACCUUGGACACAAGCGCGUCCUGUGUCACUAUAGCCUCAUCGACAGUGCAUUUACAUUCAUUGCCAGAACUAACGCCGUCCCCUGCUGCAGCCAACACCACCACCACCGUCGCAAAAUCUGAAAACCAAGCCGAUUCCUCGUUUACCCAAGCACCGCUAAUUAACUUUCCACCGACACCAGUGUCAUCUAUAACGAAUUUUGCAUCAGCCUAUUGCGCACAUCAACGUGAGGAGUGUGAUUUAUUCUUUGAUUUUCUUAAAAAGAAAAUUCAACGUUUCCCACCUGAAGAAAUAACUUCGAUACAAGUGGAAUUUCUUAAUUGCGUGUUAAGACGCGAGGCUGAACAUGCUCAAAAAAAUGCCCAGCUACACCAACAUAAUAAUAAUAGAUCAUUCAUCGCGGCUUUGGAAAUUCAAAGCAAUGAAAGUUAUUUGCGCUAA